GUCUGCGUCCCUGUACGUGGUUCCGUUUAUGCCCAGGAAGGCCUGCGUGCAGAAACCCGCUCCGCGCAGCCCUGGGUGGGAGUGGUGGGCGCCGAGAACCUCAGUCCCUGCCCUCCAGCAGUCAGCCGGGUGGGGCAUGGCGUGGAGGCACUGGUGUUCUCGGACGCCAGACUCUGGCUGGUCUGCCAGGGCUGUGCUGGGCGUGGGCCCAGAUGAAGAGAUAAACCCAGGCCCAAGCCCACAGGCAGAACUCUAGAGUCUACUGGAUUUUUAUCAAGAAAAAGAUCACAGCUUGAAGUCGCCUCUGCUGCUGAAGUGGAUGAGAUGCAAUGAUCCAGUAGGAAGGCCACGCACGGGCAGCAGCAGAGCCUGGCCGCCGAAGCAUGAACGGGGAGGAAGAAUUCUUUGAUGCCGUCACAGGCUUUGAUUCUGAUAACUCUUCUGGGGAAUUUUCAGAGGCAAAUCAAAAGAUCACUGGAAUGAUUGACUUGGACACCAGCAAAAGUACAAGGAGUGGGAAAAGUGGGGAGAGGCCCUCUCAAGAGAACGGCAUUCAGAAACACAGGACGGCACUGCCUGCCCCUAUGUUCACCAGGAGCGACUUCAGCGUGUGGAGUAUACUGAAAAAGUGCAUCGGCCUGGAGCUGUCCAAGAUCACAAUGCCGAUUGCCUUCAACGAGCCCCUGAGUUUCCUGCAGCGGAUCACGGAGUACAUGGAGCAUGUGUUCCUCAUCCACAGAGCCUCCCGCCAGGCGCAGCCCCUGGAGAGGAUGCAGUCCGUGGCUGCUUUCGCCGUCUCUGCUGUGGCUUCCCAGUGGGAGAGGACCGGCAAACCAUUCAACCCGCUCCUGGGGGAGACGUAUGAGCUGGUCAGGGAAGAUUUAGGAUUCAGAUUCAUAUCCGAACAGGUCAGUCACCACCCUCCCAUUAGUGCAUUUUAUUCAGAGGGUCUCAGCCAAGACUUCGUGUUCCACGGCUCCAUCUACCCAAAGCUGAAGUUCUGGGGCAAGAGCGUGGAGGCGGAACCUCGAGGGACCAUCACCUUGGAGCUUCUCAAACACAACGAGGCCUACACCUGGACCAACCCCACCUGCUGCGUGCACAACGUCAUCAUCGGGAAGCUGUGGAUAGAGCAGUACGGAGUGGUGGAGAUCCUGAACCACAGGACCGGUGAUAAGUGCGUGCUUCACUUCAAGCCCUGCGGCCUGUUUGGGAAGGAGCUACACAGAGUGGAAGGGCACAUUCAAGACAAAAACAAAAAGAAGCUCUUCAUAAUCUACGGCAAGUGGACGGAGUGCCUGUGGGGCAUAGAGCCUGCGUCCUACGAGUCCUUCAAGAAGCAGGAGAAAAGAGGCGACCACCCGAGGAAAGCCAAGCUGGAUGAUGGCCCAGAAAAGGCUGACAGUGACGUGGCUGGCGAUGUGGCUGAUGAUGUGCCUGUAGCUCAGGAGACAGUGCACGUCAUCCCUGGGAGCAAGCUACUCUGGAGGAUCAACAGCCGGCCCCCCAACUCUGCUCAGAUGUACAAUUUCACCAGCUUCACUGUGAGCCUCAAUGAGCUAGAGUCGGGCAUGGAGAAGACCCUGCCGCCCACGGACUGCCGCCUGCGCCCGGACAUCCGAGGCAUGGAGAACGGCAACAUGGAUCUGGCCAGCCAGGAAAAGGAGCGGCUGGAGGAGAAGCAGAGAGAAGCCCGCAGGGAGCGCGCCAAGGAGGAGACGGAGUGGCGGACCAGGUGGUUUUACCCAGGUGACAACCCCUACACUGGGACUCCUGACUGGUUAUACGCAGGGGACUACUUUGAGCGGAAUUUUUCUGACUGCCCUGAUAUCUACUGAGGGCUGCAGCCAGGCCUGGAAGCCUUCGGGGCUGCACCGGUGAGCGGCCCUGAGCUCGAGAGCAGAGCCAGCUGGUCCGCCCGAGGUCCCGGACACUGCACCUACCACCCAGGGCCACCUUGAUGACCUCCACUGCCCGGCAGCUCAUGACCGCUGAGUCCCCAUGAAGCUCCAGCCCCUUCUGACCAAUGAGCUUCGGAGGGCAGACUGCCGUGACAGACGCAAGUGGGGCCGGAGGAGCUCGUGGUGCCGGCAGCCUGAAGACCUGUGACUGGAGGAGGUGGCUGCAGCGGGGCGCCCCCAACAGAGCCUUCCCAGGUCCCGGCAGUGGGAGAGUCCGGAGCAGCGGGUGAAGGACAGGAUAAGCUGCCCCGCCUGUCCUUCUACCACUCUGGAGCAACGUAAAGAUUACUUUUAAAAUAUUUAAGUUGAAACUACUCGAACAGUGUUUCACCUAAGGGCAGGGAAUGUGAAUGGCCGGAGUGCUGUCCGAACAAGUCCUGGGACACCGGGGGCAGAAGCCUGCGACUUAGAGACAUGCUGCGGCUGCCCCCAGCCUCCCAGGAGCCCCGCCUCGGCCUCGGCACUCCUGCUGUCCCCGUGGACCACACCCAUGUCCUCAGAGCGGUCACCUGCCCACCUCGCCUGUGUCCACAGUCACGUGUUUCUGUUUUCCCGCCAUGCAUGUUCCACUGUAAGCCAGCCUCACGGAGCCGUUAAGGUGUGGGAGGUCAGAGCAGGAUCGGCUCCUCCGCUGUCAAUUACAGCUGUCUGACCACAGCAGGCGUGGGUCCCUCUCAGCACUCCUGUGCAGUGACAGACUUCAUGUAGAAAUGUCACACCACAGAUCAGUCGGGCUUUGCAUCAGACUCUGCUGGGUGCACACGCGCACACCUGUGCAGCUGUGAGUGUGGGUCUCUAAGCACUCCUGAGUGAGCACUGUCACUGUGUAUCCAAGAGGCUUUCAGAGCCACCUUUGUAAUUAAAACACGUUUAAAACCCA